UUUUGCUAUUUUAAGCUUUUUAUGCUUCUUUAUGCAGUUAAUUUCAGCUGUUUUCUAAGUUUUUAGCUACUUAUUGGCUAACCUGAGAUUCUUUCAGCUCAGUUAAUCUUUUUUGUGAUAAUUCUUUUCUUACUGUUUAAUCCAGUAAACGUGCUCAUUCUGUUUCUUUGUGAUAAAGUCAGCUACUUCAUUUUUCCUUAGUUUGUUGAACCCAUGUGGUCAUUAUAACAUGCUGUUUCAAUCAGCAAACUGUUAACAAUAAGUUGCAUUAAAAUCAACCAGAGCUGUUAUUCUUUUGCUCAGACACCGAGCUCUGUAAAGUCACUUAUCUUUGAUUAUUACAUCUGUGCAUCACCUCAGGAAAUAGCUUUACAAAAAUGUCCCUCAAAUAAUGGCACGGAUGGCAAAAUGGAUCAGCAGACCUGCUGUUGGUGAAGAAAUACUCCUUGCAGCCUCAUAGGAGACACUAGAUGGCAACCAAGCUGGGUGGUAGAAAGAGACAGAGUGUGUGAGUGUAAGAGGACAUGAGGGGGAGAGGUAGAGUGGAAGGGGGGUGGGGGGAUAAAUUACGUCGGCGUAGGACAGCGGAAGGACUGACGGUCUUGUUCAUGGCAGUCAGCUCGCAGCAGCAGAGACGAGGGAAACCCAUCGGAACAACUGGGACAGAAAGGUGGAAAAAAAAUAAGAGUUGUCUCCCUGCUGGGUGCACGAGUUACACAUUCAAUAGUUUGAAUUGACAGAUUAUUGCUGUGAGUAGCUGGGAUCAGAUCCGCAGUGAAGUGGAGGGGAGAGGAAGAGGAGGAAGAGGAGGAGGAGGGGGGGUCAGGAAAGAUGCGCUGCGUCUACGGUGACGCCGCUGCGCCGUUUGGGGACAGAGUCGGCUCCGCGCUGACACCCCGCUUCUGAGAGAUAGAUGGCUCCAACAUUUGGGGUGCAAAACAGGUGUCAGGGAAGUGUCGUCACGAGCCCCGGAAGCCGGAGGAGGUGGGAACACCAGAGAGGGGGAAGAUGGCAGCGAAAUCCGAUGGUCGCGGGGUCAUCACCGGUUUCGCCCAGCUGCACAACCUGGACGAGGUGGUGGGGACCGGCGAGGAGGACGCGCGCGACGGCAGCUCCUUCCACAUCUGCCACUGCUGCAACACCUCGUCUUGCUACUGGGGCUGCCGGAGCGCGUGCCUGCACUACCUCCGGAGGAAGGGGAAGAAGGGGAGAGGCGCGGGGCGAGCGCCGCCGCCGCAGGAGGAGCGCCUCUGGCUGGACUGUCUGUGGAUCGUCCUGGCGCUGCUGGUCUUCUUCUGGGACGUGGGCACCGACCUGUGGCUGGCCGCCGACUACUACCGCCAGCGGAACUUCCUGUGGUCGGGCCUGACCCUGUUCUUCGUGCUGGUGCCCUCGGUGCUGGUGCAGAUCCUGAGCUUCAGGUGGUUCGUGCAGGAUUACACGGGGGGCGGACUGGGCUCCGUGGAGGGGCUGAGCAGCGGCCGCAGGGCCACGGCCACUUUGCAGAGGGACAGGUGCUGCCGCCUGUCCGUCUGGCUCUGGCAGAGCCUCGUGCACGUCUUUCAGAUGGGACAAGUGUGGAGGUACAUUCGCACCAUGUACCUUGGCAUUCAAAGUCACCGGCAGAAAGAGAACCAGAGGCGCUUUUACUGGGCUAUGAUGUACGAAUAUGCUGAUGUCAACAUGCUGCGACUGCUGGAGACCUUCUUAGAAAGUGCCCCUCAGUUGGUGCUGCAGCUCUGCAUCAUGAUCCAGAGCAACAACGCUGAGUGGCUGCAGUGUCUUUCUGCCAUGUCCUCCCUCCUGUCCCUGGCCUGGGUGCUAGCUUCUUACCACAAACUCCUGCGUGACUCACGUGACGACAAGAAGAGCAUGAGUUAUCGAGGCGCCCUGGUGCAUCUGUUCUGGCGCCUUUUUACCAUCUCUUCGCGGGUGCUCUCCUUUGCCCUUUUUGCCUCGGUUUUCCACAUCUACUUUGGCAUUUUUGUGGUGCUCCAUUGGUGCGCCAUGGCUUUCUGGGUCAUCCAUGGCGGCACUGACUUUUGCAUGUCCAAAUGGGAGGAAGUACUGUUCAAUAUGGUGGUGGGCGUGGUGUACAUCUUCUGUUGGUUCAAUGUACGUGAGGGCCGGACGCGGUACAGAAUGGUGACCUAUUACAUAGUGGUACUGUUAGAGAACGUCAUCCUAACCUCACUUUGGUAUGCGUACCGCGACCCAGCCACCACUGACGCCUAUGCCUCUAUUGCCAUCUGCGGCGUCUUCCUGUGCUUUGCCUCAGGUGUAGCCUGCAUGGUUCUCUAUUACGGGGUUCUGCACCCCAUGGGCCCCCGACUGAGGAUGUUAGCCAGCUCUUGCUGUGCGGAGCUGCUGUGGGGGCUUCCGUUACCACCUGAAGCUGAGCCGAUGGCUCCGACUCCAGGGCCUCGUGGCUCUCAGGCCACACCUACGCGAGGUGUGGCAGGGGAACACAUGGAGUCAGACGAGACAGCAACAGACACCUGCCUUCCGGUUUUCCAAGUGAGGUCUACAGAGCCUGUGGAUGCAGCUGGCAGGCCCAUUCCGCCUGAGGGUCCCCUUAUCAAAAUAGACAUGCCCAGAAAACGCUACCCAGCUUGGGAUGCGCACUUUGUGGAUCGGCGCUUGCGCAGGACCAUAAAUGUGCUGCAGUACAUUAGCCCCAACGCGGUGGGCAUCAGGUACAGGGACGGUCCACUUCUUUAUGAACUCCUGCAGUAUGAGUCCUCCCUCUGAAGCCACCUCCUAUGGUUCUGUCACCCACUUUUACACAGAAUGAUGCACAUCCUUUCAUUUUUCUCUUCACUUCCGUUCCUCAGCUGUUAUCUCUUUCUGUUUGGCCUUGGGUGAUCCUUUUUAAUUCAUCAGUUUUCCUGCAAGACAUAAUUUACCAACCAGCCAAAAACCUGUUCAAAUGCCCUAACACAUAUUUAUGAUUAUUUUUGAAGAGGGUGAAUUAUACUGACAGAAAACUAUGAACGUUACAGUAUCAUAUUUGAUAUAUCUAUAAAUAUAUAUACAGGUGCUGGUCAUAAAAUUAGAAUAUCAUGAAAAAGUAGAUUUAUUUCAGUAAU